GCAUGUUCUAGACGUUCUAUUUUCCUCUCUGUCGGCGCUCAGCUGAUUGUGACGUGGUCAUGUGGAGAUAUACCAAGAGACUGGUGAGGUGUCGAGGCAGGGGGACUGCGGCGUUAUGGUGCGGGCCAGGCCACACAGGAAUACGGGCAACGCAUAUCGUGGGAAUUCACUAUAGUAGCCUUUAGACAUUCGGAAAUUACUGUAUAAUUCUUCCGUGGACAGUUGGACCCACCUCUGUUCGCAUGUCUCGAAGCGCAUUCCAGAAGCUCUCCGUAAUAAUUAAUUUCACAUUUUUAAGAAGAGAGAUUGAGACACCGAAAGCAGUUGCUGGUACUCCUAAAAAGUUGCAGCGGGGUGAGUGAAGAAGACAUGGUGGAUUAUUAUAAUGUUCUGGGAGUGUCACGAAGCGCCUCUCCGGAGGACAUCAAGAAGGCGUACAGGAAGCAGGCUCUGCGAUGGCACCCGGACAAAAACCCAGACAACAAGGAGGAGGCGGAGGGAAAGUUUAAGGAGCUGGCUGAGGCCUAUGAAGUUCUGUCAGACCGGAGUAAACGAGAGGCGUAUGAUACCUAUGGCAAAGACAGAAUACCCAACAACACAGGCUCCAGUAGUCAUCCUGCUCCAGAAGACUUCCCAGGGUUCACCUUUACAUUCCGGAGUCCAGAGGAAGUGUUUCAGGAAUUCUUUAGAGGCCAGGAUCCUUUUGCAAAUUUCUUCGAUGACUUUGCCUUCGGAGGAGGGAUGCACAGUGGCUUCCAUGGACAUCCUGGCACUUCGAGGCUCGGCCCAAGCCGGUUUUUCUCCUUCCCCUCUGCUGGAGUGCAUGACUUCACCUCGUCCUCGUCCUCCAUGGGUGGAAUGGAUUGGAUGGACAGCAUCGGAGGAGGGAUGGGGAAUUUCAAGUCUGUCUCCACCUCUACGCGCGUCAUCAACGGCAAACGCACCACCACCAAGAAGAUCAAAGAAAACGGUCAGGAGAGAACAGAGAUCGAGGAAGACGGGGUCUUGAAGACGGUGCUCAUCAAUGGUGUGGAGGAUGAGUUGGCCUUGGCUCUGGAGCUCAGCAAGAGAGACCACCUGCCCCCUAGCCAACCCUCACAGACGCCCAGGCAACACCUUCAGCAGCAGGCAGAGAGGGCGUUACCUGUGGAGCUCCAGACCCAGACCCAUCCACACCGACCCGGCUCCGGCCCCCGGGCUAUGGCUCAGCGCUCCUUCAGCUCGGCCUCCUACUUCCACUACCCUGACGUCCCCAGGGAGGAAGAGGAGGAGGAUGAAGAUCUCCAGAUGGCCCUGGCCUACAGCCUGUCUGAGAUGGAGGCCCAGCAGAGAGCGUCGGCCGUGGCUUCAGCACCAGACGUCAUCCCAGACUCACACUUCCAGGCCUUCACGGGCUGAUCUGAUUGGCCGUUUGCACGUCUGACCCCUGACCUCUGAGCCUGAGGUCAAAGGUCAAAUCUCCCAAAGGUGCGCCUUGUCUCUCAGCCCGCCCCCCUUCGGCUUACUGUUGUCUCUCAGCCCCCCCCCCCCACCCCACCUCGGCGUACUGUACCAGCUGAUCAACACUUUUCAAAGUUUUAUUUGAAAAAGAAAAGUAAACCGACAAAAUCAAAUGUAUGUACUAUGUAUGUGUGAGUGUGUGUGUGUAUAUAGCUAAAUUAAAUGAAAGACUCUUUGUAAAGUAUUUUGAACCAUAAGUAACUCAUCCACAUUAAAUAAUUAGUAUUUGAACGUGUCUUACAAGAAAAGUGUCCUGGAAAGCAUUUGUAACCACGACUACAUGUUUCAAUGCCAUGGAAAUGUAUGAUAAUAAAGUAAUCUAUAUAUGAA